AUGACUAAGAUUGUCAUCUUUGUGGUUCUAGUAUGUUGUGUGACCAUUUCUUUGGGGUUCCCGCCUAUUCUCGAUAGAAAAUAUGGUUUUAGUGAUCCUCUCGAUAGUCCAGGUAUAUGGUCAUCAAAAUCAUGUCGAGAUCCAUAUUUGGCUCAAAAAUAUUUGAUUAAUAUCCGACAACUUAUAACUACUCUUGAAACAAAUGGCUCCUAUAAACAAAUUCGUGACAGACAUGCUCAUUUAAUAGAUUAUUUGAAAGAUGAUAAGAAUGCAGCUCUUCUUAUAUCGAGCUGCGAUCAAUUUAUGAUUGGUCUUGAAAAUGCUCGAAAACGUGAUUCACAAGGUUCAAUACAACAAUAA